GCCGGCAGGACAGCGGCCCAGAGCUGGGCGUGGGGGCGUUGGCCAUGUUUCCCUUCAGUCCCUGUAGUCCUUGCGGGGAUGAAGCAGCCGGAGCUGAGGAGCCGGCGCCCCUCGGGGGUCAGGCCGCAGCUGCCGCCGCACCGCCCUCUCCUGUUACCCCGCCCGCACCUCCACAGCCCGGGGCUGACGCCGCCCUUCGUCCGCCCGCCACCGGGAGCCCUCGCCAACCCGGCUCCCCCGCGCUGUCCUCCGCAGCGCGCGCUGGAGAGCCUGAGUCCCUGGGAAAGCCGGAGCUGUGGGCUGCCACUGCCCAGAGAGAGUCGUCCCCGCCGCGCCAGCCGCCCGGGCCAGACUGCAGGGCUGGGAGCCGGGGCAGGCACGGCCUCAGCGCGGGCCUGGGCAGCCCCGGCGCUAGACUAUUCGGGUGGCUGAGAGAACGCAGCCUGGGCCGCGGGCUGUUCGUGGACCCGGCGCGGGACCAUUUCCGCACCAUGACUAACCUGUAUGGUUCUAUCCACCCCGCCGACUCAGUGUACCUCAGCACACGCACCCACGGUGCGGUCUUCAACCUGGAGUAUUCGCCCGACGGGUCAGUACUGACGGUUGCUUGUGAACAGACUGAAGUUCUGCUUUUUGAUCCUAUAUCUUCAAAGCACAUAAAAACACUUUCUGAAGCUCAUGAAGACUGUGUGAAUAAUAUCAGAUUUCUUGAUAACCGGCUGUUCGCUACCUGCUCUGAUGACACUACAAUAGCACUAUGGGAUCUGAGAAAAUUGAACACCAAAGUAUGCACUUUACAUGGUCACACUAGCUGGGUGAAGAACAUCGAAUAUGAUACUAAUACAAGACUAUUAGUAACAUCAGGAUUUGAUGGAAAUGUCAUUAUUUGGGACACUAACAGGUGUACAGAAGAUGGGUGUCCCCACAAGAAAUUCUUUCACACACGUUUUCUCAUGAGAAUGAGAUUAACACCAGACUGUUCCAAAAUGUUGAUCUCAACGUCCUCUGGAUAUCUCCUGAUUUUGCAUGAUCUUGACUUAACCAAAUCUUUAGAAGUAGGCAGCUAUCCCAUUUUGAGAGCAAGAAGAACUACAUCAAGUUCAGAUUUGACCAGUUCAUCAAGUUCGUCAGGUCCUAGAAUUUCUGGUUCACCAUGUCAUCACAGUGAUUCUAAUUCAUCUUCAGAGAAACAUGUGUCAAGAGCCUCUCAAAGAGAAGGAGUUUCGCCACGAAAUAGUCUUGAAGUCUUAACCCCUGAAGUUCCUGGUGAACGAGAUCGUGGAAACUGUAUUACAUCCUUACAACUGCACCCCAAAGGCUGGGCCACGCUUCUUCGGUGCUCAAGCAACACUGAUGAUCAGGAGUGGACUUGUGUCUAUGAAUUUCAAGAAGGAGCUCCUGUGCGACUUGUCUCACCUCGCUGUUCCCUGCGACUGACUCAUUACAUUGAAGAAGCCAAUGUAGGCAGGGGUUACAUCAAAGAACUUUGCUUCAGUCCUGAUGGGCGAAUGAUUUCUUCCCCGCAUGGCUAUGGAAUUCGACUGUUGGGAUUUGACAAACAAUGCAGUGAACUUGUGGACUGUUUACCCAAAGAAGCCAGUCCCCUCCGAGUGAUCCGCUCUCUAUAUUCUCAUAAUGAUGUGGUACUGACAACAAAAUUCUCUCCAACGCAUUGUCAGAUUGCCUCAGGGUGCCUUAGUGGACGAGUCUCUUUGUAUCAGCCAAAGUUUUAGGCACAACUUACAUCAAAUGAGGAACUUUCAUGGCAUUGAACUUGAUAAAUUACUUCAAUUUAGGUGAAGUAUUUUCUUAGAAGAUCUGAUAAAAUUGAGUCAAGAUCCUAGUUUGUAUGGGUCCAUGAAUGUCCCAGUGACCUGAGUACUUGGUUCACCAGUGUCAUGCAGGCAUCUUGAGAUGAGACUCCACGCAGCCCCAUCAUUUUCAGCAUUCCUCUGCUCCUGCUGCUCUGUGCCACUGAACUCCCGUUACUUUGCAUGGUAGCUCUUGUUAAGUUUCCUUGUUCUCUCCUUUUUUCUGUCCUUUACUCCCUUCUCUCCUUUCUCUUUUUUGGUUUUAGUAUGAAUUUGUGGACAUUUGGCAGGAGUUUGGGUUGGGGUAAAAGAAACCCUUGAUGCUAGCAUUGAAUAAAAUCCAGAAGCUGUAUGUUGACACACCAGUUGUUGAAAAAGAAAUUCAUCUUCAUUUAUUAGUAUGUUUGGCCUUUUAAAGAUACAUAUCUCUCAGAUAAUUGUAUUACUCUUCUGUUAGUCAUACAACUUAAUAUCUUCCCAUUUCUUGGUAAAGUCAAAAUUUUUUUCAUGUGGGAGAGAUUUUGUGAAAAUCUAGAAAAAUUAUUGCCAUUUCUUAUAAUUUAUGUGUAUCAGUCUAAAAAUGUCUAACAUGCUCUUA